UUGAAGAACUGAAAGCAUUAACAGACAAGUACUUUGAUGUGCAACGAUAUGUUGUCUUGCUAUUUGACGAAAUGAAAAUCAUGUCAAAUCUUGUUUUUGAUAAGGUCACAGGCGAAUUGAUUGGAUAUGUGGAUCUUGGUGACCCUGAUGUCAACUUUGGAGCUCUGGAAAAACUUGAUGAGGUUGCAACUCAUGCUCUUGCUUUCCUCAUCAGAGGUGUUUGUACAGAGUUGAAGUUCUGCUUGGCCCACUUUUCUACCAAUGGAGCUACUUCUGCCCAGAUAAUGCCAUUGUUCUGGGAGGCUGUUGCUAUUUUGGAGUUAACCUGUAACCUCUGGGUUAUUGCUUCUACUUCGGAUGGAGCCACACCAAAUAGAAAAUUCUACCGAAUGCAUAAGAGUCUUGAUGGAAAUGCUGACAAGGAUGUGUGCUAUCGCACAAUCAAUUUGUUUGCACCACAGAGGUUUAUAUACUUCUCAGAUGCCCCUCAUCUUGUAAAGACCACAAACUGUCUGUAUCAUUCUGGAUCUGGUACUUGUACCAGGUAUAUGUGGAAUGAUGGUCACUACUUAUUAUGGCAGCACAUCACCCAAAUCUUUUAUCAAGAUGCAGAGAAUGGCUUGAAGUUGCUUCCUAGAACUACAUAUGACCAUGUUAAGCUAAAUUCGUACUCCAGCAUGCGUGUCAGUAUGGCAGCUCAAGUGCUAAGUGCAUCAAUGGCAGCUGUUUUAAGAUAA